UUUAAGCUGCACACGGCGGAAACAGUGAGGGGGAUCCAGAAGCGAUUGCACGACGUCGCUUCACAGCCAGACAGCAAGGGCGAGGUCGAAGACCUCGAGGCGCUGUUCGGCUUCAACUACGAACCAUCCUCUAUCCUGAUGGACGACCACCUGGCCAUCGACGUGCCCAAGGUUUUCAGCUGGGACUGGAUGCACGUUUACUUCGUAGGCGGCGUCUUCACGCACGAGCUGGAGGCGUGCCUGGACACCCUCGGUUCGUACGGCUUCGGCGCUUCAACGUUCGCCCAAAUACUUGAGCAAGUGGAAGUGGCCAUCGGGAUAUGCCGAUGGAAAGGGCGUUGUCCAUGGGAAGCACAAUUCUCUCGGCGGCAGCGCCAGUGA